AGUAUUGUUGUCGGUGCAGUGCGGUCGUAACUCCGGGUUGUGUUCAACUAAUAGCGAAUUCCUCAACCACCACGUGCUGCUAACUCGUGUGGUUGUGUGCGUGCGUGCGUGAGAGUGCACGAAUUUUCCGCUCGACUUUUCCGCCAUAGAGUGCCAGAGAUCAGCGACCUUUUCCCGAGUGGCAAAGUGUGUGCAAACAGAUCGCGUGUUCUUAAUGAGAAGCGAAGUGAGGAGAAACCUGCGGCUGAAGACCAACAGCUGACGUGAUUGCAUGUGUGAAUUUUUGAAUCCCCAGCUCAACGAAGACAACGAGAGUUUCCAAGAAGCUUUGAAAAAUUCACUUUAGUGCGUCAAAUCGCUUAACCGCUCAAUUGUAUAAUCGGUACCGUUUGGUGUGAAAAGUGUAAGUUCCAAACGGAAAUCGAAACUUGAAAAAACGACGACUUGCCCCUGCCUGCCGGUAAUUAUCUGACGACGUCGAGCGCGGCCGGGCCAUGGCUGAAGCCCAUUCAGCUGUCGCGUUCUCGUUCUCCAUCACCCACGAGGGAUGGCACCUGAACUACGACCGGGAGGUGCUGAACCUGGUCUGGGAGUCCGGCCUCCGGUCCUGGAAGAAGCGGCUCGCGCGGUUUCGGACCGGCGUCCGCAACGGAGUCUACCCCGCCCACCUUCAGAGCCUUUGGCUGGUGAUAGCGGUGGCAAUGGCACUCCACUUCACACAACGGCACGUUCCGUUCAACUUAGUUGGUAAAUUUUCAGCCCUACUACCGGGAGAUACCGUGGGCUACCAAGUGACAGCAUGCGGCCUGGCGGGGCUGUUCUUCUGGCUGUGCAUCUGCUACACGAUGCGGUACUCGCUGAAGCUGCUGCUCAUGUACAAAGGGUGGAUGUACGAGAAGCGAGCCCCGGGCAGUAAGGUCUCGCUGCCAACUCGGCUGUGGGCCCUGUGCGUGAAGGUGCUGGCCACGUGGAACAAACCGGGCCUGUACAGCUUCCAGGGAUCGCUGCCGCGGUUGCCCCUGCCGGGCGUACAGGAAACAAUGACCAGGUACCUCCGGUCGGUGCGACCCCUGCUGGACGAUGCCAACUACAGCCGCAUGGAGCGACUGGCCAAGGAGUUCCAGGCCGGAAUCGCGCCCAAACUGCAGCGCUAUCUGACGCUCAAGAGCUGGUGGUCCACGAACUACGUGUCCGAUUGGUGGGAGGAGUACGUGUACCUGCGCGGUCGUGGCGCCCUCAUGGUCAACAGCAAUUUCUACGGAAUCGAUGCCAUUUUCACGCAGCCCACCACCAUUCAAAGUGCCCGGGCCGCCAGUGUCAUCAACAUGCUGCUGCAAUUCCGGCGGAUCGUCGAACGGCAAGAGCUGGAACCCAUUCUGGUGCAGGGGCUGGUCCCACUGUGCUCGUGGCAGUACGAACGUAUCUUCAACACCGUACGCGUGCCCGGCGUAGAGACGGACAAGAUUGUCCACUACCAGGACUCAAACCACAUCGUGGUGCUGUACCGCGGAUGUUACUACAAGGUCGUCAUCUACCACAACGGGCGCAUCCUACGACCGUGUGAGCUGCAAAUCCAAAUCGAGGAGAUCCUCAACAGCAGUGACAAGCCGCAGGCCGGCGAGGAGCUGCUCGCGUCGCUAACCGCCGGAGAUCGUACCAAGUGGGCCAAGAUCCGCGAGUCGGUGUUCGCCAAGGGUGUCAACAAGACGUCGCUGCACCUGAUCGAGAGUGCGGCCUUCGUGCUGUCGCUGGACACGCUGCCGUUCGAGUUCGACAUGGCCCACCCGGAGAAGCUGGACCAGUUUGGGCGGUACUUGCUGCACGGCAACGGCCACGACAGAUGGUUCGACAAGAGCUUUACGGUGUGCGUCGGCAGCAAUGGACGGAUUGGCUUUAACUCGGAGCACACUUGGGCUGAUGCACCUGUAAUGGCGCACGUUUGGGAGAACAUUGUGGCGGAAGAGCAAGUCCAGAAACGAUACGACGAGAACGGCAACACCCUGGGAAUUCCUGAGUUUGAACCACCAAAGCCGAAGCGAUUGGCGUUCGACCUGGACAAUCCGGUCGCGCUGGACGCCAUCCAGGAGGCUCACCUGGGCGCCCAGCAGCUGUUGAAUGACGUCGACCUGCGCAUCUUCGUGCACGACGCGUACGGCAAGGGACUGAUGAAGAAGUGUCGCCUGUCGCCGGAUGCGUUCCUCCAGAUGGCGCUGCAGUUGGCCUACUACCGGGACGCGGGCAAGUUCUCGCUCACGUACGAAGCGUCGAUGACGCGGUUGUUCCGCGAGGGUCGUACCGAAACCGUGCGUCCCUGUACGAUCGAGUCGUCGGCCUGGGUUAAGGCGAUGAACGACGCGAGCGUGGGCGCCGAGGAGCGCGUCAAGCUGCUGAACGAAGCGUGCGAGCGGCACCAGUUGGGCUAUCAGGACGCCAUGUGCGGCAACGGCAUCGAUCGGCACCUGUUCUGUCUGUACGUCGUGUCCAAGUACCUGGAGGUGGAUUCGCCCUUCCUGAAGGAGGUGCUGAGCGAACCGUGGCGGCUGUCCACUAGUCAAACCCCGCACGGCCAAACCGCCAAGAUGGAUCUCAAGAAGCACCCGAACUGCAUCAGCGCCGGCGGUGGCUUCGGACCGGUCGCCGACGACGGGUACGGCGUAUCGUACAUCGUGGCCGGCGAGGACCUCAUCUUUUUCCACAUCUCGUCCAAGAAGACGUGCGGUUCGACGAGCUCAGAGCGGUUCGCCCAGCAGAUUGCGCGAGCCUUGGACGACAUGAAGCAGCUGUUUGAGCAGCACCGGGCACUGCAGGCGCAGAAGAAGGGUGUCACCAACGGAACGGCCAAGUAAAGGGAGGAUCCCUCUCGUGACAUAUCCACCACGAAAGCCGCCUGUAACCUGUAACACACAGUGAAUCACAAAGUUUUCCCGUCUUUUUCGGUUCGUUUCUUUUUUUCUUCUCUGUCGUCUAGUUUUUAAUUUUGUUAUCACGCCAAGUAUUACCACCUAGGUAGUGCUCGGUACACUUACGUAGCAUGUAUUUAUGAACUAACAUAACUUUUUAUUAGCCACACCGAUUGAGUAUCGAACCAACAUGUUAAGUUUCGAGGCGACUGUUGUUGAUGAUAUUAGCAUCGUAAUCAUGUUUUCCCAACUGAGCAAUAGAAACUUUUUAAAACUUACAACAACAACACCGAACUAUUCUGUCCAUCAGAGCCUAGAUCUAAUUAAAACCCGUUCAAAUCUGGUGGUUUCGAAACAUUUUGAAAGAGCAAACAAAACUAGUGUGAAACUGUAUUAGACUGUUGUUUAUAGGUAAUUUAUUAGUUUUGAAGACAAACAAAAAAGAACUGCAAUGUAAUCGUGUAAAA